AAGAUAUGGGGAACAUAUCGUUCUCAUAUGUAUUUUGGCCUACGUACUCAACAUCCAGAAUCACCGUUAUUUGGUUUGAUGUGGUACCGAAAUGGUUUUGAUGAUACUAUGCCAAAAAUUCGACAUUGGUGUGAAAAAGUAAAACUAAAAAUAUAUUUAUUAUAUUAUAAUAGAAUAAGACAUCGUUUAAAAAUUUUUUUUUGGGACAAUGGUGUUCUAAAGUAUGGGUGGACUGAAGCUGAUGGUCGUACAUUUGGUAGGCAAAAAAUUGAUGAUGAUCCACUGGAAUUAGAAAUUGAUUGGUUAAAUAAUGGUCAUUCUUGGUCAGCACGUAUUCGAACGACUUCAAUAAUUGAUUCUUAUUACGCGUUUAUUUUUUAUUUCACAUUACAGGAUACAAAAAGUGUAAUUUUUCCUAAUUACAAAGAUGAUUUGAAUCAGUCGUUUACUGGUCAUUCUCCAAUUAUUGGUGAUUUUUCUUUUAAUCUACUUUCAACAAUUCCCAUACAAUUCCGUUCAUAUUUUGCUGCAAAAAUCACUCCAUAUCCGGAUGCAAGUCAUCUUCAGGAAUUGAUAUUAUCAAAUUCAGUAAUAGAUCGGCAUAUUCAACUGUUUCGUCUUCCCAGUGGUCUUCUUGAUGGAGAUAUGGAGGCAAAUCCCAAUAUUGUUGCAUUUCAGCUUAAUCUUUCCGCGAACUCAACUGUUGAAAUUUCAUUCUCCACUGAUGAACCUCCCAUCACUGGAAAAUCCUUCACGGAAACUUUUGAAGGACGGUUCAAUAACUUUAUGGAUAAAUUUGAAAAAAGCUAUGGACUCACAUCAAAAGGUUACAGUUCGUUUUAUCAACAACUUGGUCGCGCAGCUUUAUCCAAUAUGUUAGGAAGCAUUGGUUAUACGUUUGGAUUUAACCGUGUUCUUAAUCAUUAUUCAAGUAAGUUAUCGUUGUAUGGACCGCAUUCACUUUUGACAUCAUGUCCAUCGCGAUCAGUUUUUCCUCGGGGAUUUUUGUGGGAUGAAGGAUUUCACCAUUUGCUCUUCAGGAAAUUUGAUCCAGAACUUUCACUACAAAUUAUAUCCUCAUGGCUUGAUAUAAUGAAUUUGGAAGGAUGGAUUCCUAGAGAAAUGAUAUUGGGUACUGAGGCUGAACAACGUGUUCCAGCCGAAUUUAUUGUGCAGAGCGAUAGUAUGGCCAAUCCUCCAAUGUUUUUUUAUCUUAUUGAAAAAUUUAUUGAUGAUGAUCAGUUUAUGUCAUCUCAUAAGGAGGUUCUCAUGAAAUUUUAUCCUCGAUUAAAACUGUGGUAUAACUGGCUUAAUACCACUCAAUUAGGUCCACUUCCAGGAACAUAUCGUUGGAGAGGAAGAAAUAGUACAACUGACACUGAAUUAAAUCCAAAAACGCUACCUAGUGGUCUGGAUGAUUUUCCUCGUGCUUCACAUCCAACUGAUGAGGAGUAUCAUAUUGAUCUACGUUGUUGGAUGGUAUUUUCUGCCAAAGUACUUUCACGACUUGCCGUGCUUGUAGGUGAUAAAGCAGGUGAAGCUUUGUAUUCUUCCACUUUCGAUUAUUUAUCGGAUUUCGAGCUUCUAAAUCGUCUUCAUUGGAGUCAAAAACAACAAAGAUACUGUGAUUACGGCCUUCAUAGUUCUUCUGUUAUUUUGAAACGUAUGGAGGAGAAACCUGAUGAUAUUCAUCCUCCUCUUAUGAAACGUGUCACAGAGACUGCUCCGGUACUUUCUUUAGUCGAUGAUACUUUUGGAUAUAUUUCUCUGUUUCCACUUAUGUUACAACUUAUGCCGCAUGAUUCUGAUCAAUUAAAAGUUACAAUCGAACAUAUGAGAUCCGAUAAGGAACUUUGGACAAUGUUCGGUUUACGUUCAAUUUCUCCGUCUUCACCGUAUUAUCACGCACAUAACACCGAACAUGAUGCCCCUUAUUGGCGUGGAGCUAUUUGGGUUAAUAUGAAUUAUUUGGUUUUAUCAGCGUUGAAACAUUAUUCAUUUAUUGCUGGACCAAAUCAAGAAUUGGCUUUUAACGUUUAUUCUGAAUUGCGAAAUAAUUUGGUCACAAAUAUUGCUCGUGAAUUUAAACGAACUGGUUAUUUAUGGGAAAGUUAUGAUGAUACAAAUGGUUAUGGUCGAGGAGCUCAUCCUUUCACCGGAUGGUCAUCUCUUGUUUUAUCCAUUAUGGCUGAGCAGUAUGAUUAA